GCUUCCUCGCUCUUCCUCAUCCACCUCCCCCCUUCAACCUCAACCUCAACUCAGUCCUUCCACCUUAUCUUCGGGGUUGGCGAACACGCCGAUCUUAUCUCUUUCCUUGGCUUUAAUUCGGUUCUUGUUUUAAUAGUCGCAUAGCAUGAUCUCGGCUACCAGGAUGUCGGUCACCGCGCGGGCGGCCACCCUACGGUCUCAGGUGCCGACUCUGAUGACCGCUGCUGUGUCCCAGCGCUCUUUGAUUCAGUCCUGCUCUUACGCUACAUCACGAAACACCCUCUUGAACAGCCAGCGCGCGGACCGUCCCGUUUCUCAACUCGUUUCCCCGUUCGCUGCUCUCCCUCUGACCAGAUCCUUCCACGUCGUCGCCCCUCGCUUGCAACAGCAGCAGCAGAAGGAUAAGCAGGAGCAACAAGAAAAGCAGGAGAAGCAGUCGGAAGAGCCCAACCAGGAGAAAGAGGAGAAGAGCGAAGGGGAGUCCAAGAAGGAAGGAAAGAAGGAUGCGCCUCCGCCGCCGCCCCAUGGUGACAAGACUCCCUGGCAGGUGUUCAGAGAGACUCUCCAGACGGAGUUCAAGGCUUCGAAGGAGUGGAAUGAGUCGACAAAGGCUCUUGCUUCGUCUGCUCACCAGUUCUCCGAGAACGAGAACAUCAAGAAGGCUCGUGCCGCUUAUGAAGCCGCCUCUGGAGCCGCCACCUCCAAGACUGCGACUGCCAUUAAGACCACCGGAAAGGCCAUUGGCACUAGCGCCGCAUGGACCUGGAACACUCCUGUUGUCAAGGGUAUCAGAAAGGGUGUCAACGUCACUGGCUCUGGUAUUGAGAAGGUCACAAGACCUGUCAGAGAAACCGAGGCUUACAAGAGUGCCGUGGGUGGUGUGAAGAAUGCCAUCGAUGAUGGUAGCAGCUCCCGCUACGGUGGUUACAUCGAGAAGGAGGAGCGUCGGAAGCAGCGCAAGCUGCGUGAAGAGGCUGAGCUCAAGGCUGGUCGCCAUGUCGAGCCGAUGGUUGAGGAUCCCAAUGCCGGAACCCACGUUACCCUCCACAAGGACUCUGCCUGGAAGGAAUCGUGGCGCGACUUUAAGGACUCCAACCCUAUGAUGCAGAAGCUCUUCACCCUUAAGGAGUCCUACGAGGAGUCGGAGAACCCCUUGAUCAGCACCGCGCGCAGCAUUUCCGACCGUGUUGCUGGUUUCUUCGCCGAGAACGAGACCGCUCGUGUCAUCAAGAAGUUCCGUGAGAUGGACCCCAACUUCCAGAUGGAAGCCUUCCUUAGAGAGAUGCGUGAAUACAUCCUGCCCGAAGUGCUUGACGCCUACGUCAAGGGAGACGUUGAGACCCUGAAGCUGUGGCUCUCCGAUGCUCAGUUCCAUGUCUACGCUGCUCUUGCCCAGCAGUACACUACUGCCGGCCUCAAGUCGGAUGGCCGUAUCCUCGAUGUCCGUGGCGUUGAUGUUUCCCACGCCCGCAUGCUGGAGCCCGGCGACAUCCCCGUGUUCGUUGUGACUUGCCGCUCCCAGGAGGUUCACGUUUACAAGAACGUGAAGACGGGCGAGCUGGCUGCCGGCAUGGAGGACAAGGUCCAGCUGGUCACCUACGCCAUCGGUCUGACACGGAUACCCGAGGAUGUCAACAACCCGGAGACCCGGGGUUGGAGAUUGAUUGAGCUGCAGAAGGCCGCUCGUGACUACAUCUAAGCCAUUCGAAAUAUCCUUCUUACACCUCCCUCGCCUACCUCGACGCUCAACGAUCACAACACCUGCUUGAUUUUGGUCUAUGACAUGCCUCUAUUCUCUUCUCGAUUGUUUUGAUAUCAUCCGACUGUACAAUAUUGAUUUUUGUUAAAAUAGAGAC